CCAAGGAAGCUAAUUUCGUCCGAACUUGGCCACUCGUUCUAGAACUAUCUGAGGAAAAUCAUAGACCCUCCCCUUCUCGGUCGUGCACUGAACUGUCGAAUUAAGCACCGGAAGCUCAGACUGGGUACGGGUUAUUUGAGGAGGCGAUCCUUGCAAUGUGUUGGAUCGGAAGCCUAACUCGAAUCGGACAGAAGUGUAAUCUGGUUCACGGAGAACGGGCGGAUAGGGUGACAUUUAGUUUCAGUGCCGUUGCGGUGACCCCAGGGUUCUAGAUUCGGUAGAGCGCCUUCCAGCCAUGGCUAAAUGCAAGGCAGUGCUCAUGAUCAUUGGCGACUAUGUGGAGGAUUACGAGGUGCGGCGCGGCCAAUGGCCUACUCUGUCUCAUUUUCGCUCCAUGCGGUUGUGGGUUUUACCAGAAUGAGCGUAAUGGUCCCAUUCCAAGCCCUUCUGGCGUAUGGAUUGAAGGUCGAUGCGGUCUGUCCAGGAAAGAAGGCUGGUGAAACGUGUGCCACCGCCAUCCAUGAUUUUCUUGGACACCAGACCUACUCUGAGAGCAAGGGCCACAAUUUUGCAUUGACAGCAAACUUCGAAGAUGUCGAUGCUGAUAGCUACGAUGCGUUGGUGGUGCCAGGAGGACGUGCGCCAGAGUACCUCUCUCUUGAUGAAAAUGUCCUAAACCUGGUGAAGAAGUUCGAAAGCGCACACAAACCAAUUGCUUCUAUUUGUCAUGGCCAGCUUAUUCUUGCAGCUGCUGGCGUUUUGAAGGACAAGCAGUGUACGGCGUAUCCAGCCGUGAAGCCGGUCGUGGUUGCUGCAGGUGGUAUAUGGAAAGAUCCAAGUCCCAUCUCAGCCUGUUUCACAGAUGGCAAACUUGUAACCGGUGCAGCCUGGCCAGGUCAUCCUGAAUUCUUAAAGCAGACAUUGGCGGCUCUCAGCGCUACUGUUCAAGGUGGUGACAAGAAAGUCCUGAUGUUGUGCGGGGAUUACAUGGAGGACUACGAGGCGAUGGUUCCCUUCCAAGCCAUGCAAGCUUUGGGGUACCAGGUUGAUGCGGUUUGUCCUGACAAGAAAUCUGGAGAUACCUGCGCCACUGCUGUUCACGACUUUGAAGGAGCUCAAACAUACAGUGAGAAGCCUGGCCAUAACUUUGCUCUGACUGCGACUUUCAGUGAAGUGAAAGUGCAAGACUAUGAUGCACUUGUGGUGCCAGGUGGUCGGGCACCUGAGUAUUUGUCUUUGAACGAGAAGGUGUUGGACUUGGUUCGUGAGUUCGAUGAUGCGAAAAAACCCAUUGCGUCCAUAUGCCAUGGGCAGCAAAUUUUGGCAGCUGCUGGCGUGCUCAAGGGCAAGAAGUGCACAGCAUAUCCGGCCGUGAAGAGCCACGUUGUAUUAUCUGGUGGACAGUGGUUGGAGCCAGAGCCAAUUAGCAAAUGUUUUACUGAUGGACACUUGGUAACUGGGGCUGCGUGGCCGGCUCACCCAGAGUUUGUGGCGCAGCUCAUGGCUUUGUUAGGAACUGCCGUCACCUUCUGAAAUAUACUGUAGUAUUUCUUUCCGAUGUUUCAAAUUCGUAUUUAUAAAAUCUGUAUCUAAGUGUUUCACCUAAGUAUACUGGUUCGUUCAUGAGGAUCCUUGGGUCAAUUCAUGGA